AUGGGUCUACAUCAGGCAGUGGCAGAUUGCAUUGAGCGUUGCCAUGCUGCCACAAUGAGAGCCGAGCAUACUUGGUUCAGGACAGUUGUGUUGGCUGGAGGCACUGCAUGUUUACCAGGGUUACCAGAAAGAUUAGAAAAGGAAGUAUAUGAUCUUCUACCUCCCUCCAUAUCCAAUGGAAUUUGUGUUAUCACUUCCCCUUAUGGUGCUGAUUCUGCAUGGUAUGGAGCAAAACUUCUCAUCAAUUUGAGCACAUUUCCAAAUUCAUGGUGCAUCACUGAGGAGACUCAGUCAAAGUCAAAAAGAUCCCUCAUAUGUUUCAAGUCUGAAACACAAGAGCUUCUCUUUCAAGAACUCGUGUGUUUGUUUCGAAGCUACAAUGGCGACAUUCAAAAUGCUGCUAGAAUCGCUUUGUUACAGAUAAAGAUUUCCAGAUCAAUGGUGCAACACAUGCUUGAUUAUGUUUUGGAAAAAUCAAGUCCAUCAACUAGUACCCUACAUGGGAAAAAGAAAAAGAAAUGGGAUAGUCACUCCAAGAAAGUAUUUGAAGACCUGAUUUCCAUUAUUGUCCCAUGUUGGCUAUCAAGGACUGAAAAUCCAGAAGAAGUGUUACAAGUUUUUUUGUAUAUAUUACCUGAUGUUACUGAACAUAGAAGGCUUUCAAUCAUUGUACAUCUUUUAAGUACUUUAGGGGAGAGUGGAAGCUUAGAUUCAUUACAGAAAGAUCUUGGUCAAUUUUCUGCAAUAUAUGAAUCAUGUUUUCCAGUUGUUACAAAAGAGUGGGAAAAGUUAGAGACAUUUGGGGUUGGAGUUGCUACAUAUGAGCUUGGAGUUGAAACUGUCCCAGUCUUUGUUGGCCCAGUCAGCUACUUAUUGCUGUCAAAACGCGUGACAGAUUCCAAUUCUUCUUCAAUUCCAUAUCCUGCCAAAACAUUGCUACUGUUGAAUACAAGGUAG